UCCUACGAUGUGCUCAGUACAGAGUUCGUGAUAAAAUUAAAAUUAACCAAAAAUGAACCCUCAUAACAAGUAUUUUUCACAAUGUAGCAUAUAUCUAUAAACUUGUUGAAACUCCAAAUACAGGCUUUGUCCGGAAAAGUUUCAGAGAACACAGAAAUGCGUGUAAAAUACUGACAAAAGCUGCCAUCCAUUGUCCAAUCAGAGGCCGUUUUUCUCAAUAAGAAUUUGUGAAUCAAUUAAUAACAUUUCACCAAAAAUCUAUUUAAUUUCACUUCAAAAAAUCAAGAUGCUGUACCUCGAAGACUAUUUGGAAAUGAUCGAAAAUCUGCCAAUGGAGAUGAGGGAGAGAUUGACAGAAAUGAGAGAGAUGGACCUUCAAGUUCAAAAUGCUCUCGAUGGUUUAGAUGAAAGGGUGACUUCGUUUUUCAAGAAAUGUACACAGCCCAACUUAAAGCUGGAUUGGCGAGAUGAACAGUUUGGAAAAAUUAAAAAGGACUAUUAUAAAACAUUGGAAGAUGCUGAUGAAAAAGUACAGUUGGCAAACCAUAUAUAUGAUCUUGUUGAUAGACACUUAAGAAAACUGGACCAAGAACUUUCCAAGUUUAAAAUGGAGUUGGAAGCUGAUAAUGCUGGAAUCACAGAAAUCCUAGAAAAAAGAUCUCUGGAAAUGGAUAAACCACCUGCUCAGAACCACAGAGUUGAAAAGCGCAAGAUCCCGAUGUCAACAGCACCCGUCCAGCAGGAGAAGCGACUCACAACAGAAAAGGUUCUGUCCACCUUGGCCAAUGAAAUUGCUCGUGACUCAUUUGGUCCUGUCAGGAAGACCCACUCGGCCUCAAGCUCACCAAAUAUCUCCAUGUUCAACUCCGCUCCCUCCUCUACAUCUAUACCAUACAAGAUUGGUCAUGUUGGUGCCAGCAGUAACGCAGCCAUUCAGGCAGCGGCCUCCCAGGCAAUAGCUGCCACACAGCAAGUGAUGCAAUGUCAAGGUAGGCGUACCCCAAGUAUGAAGGCAAGCUAUGUUGCGAUGACAAAGGGUGCGAGCAGUUCAGACCUGACACGGGAUUACAUAAAGCAGGAGUACCAGCCGUACAGUUCCCAACCUUCCACCCCCUCCAUGUCUGACGCUGCAGGCCGAUCACAGAGGCAGAAAAAGCAGACAACCAAGGCUGCCGCUCUCCUCCAAGCGCAGCAAGCACAACAGCAGGCCCAUCAACAGAAGCAACAGGCGGCCGUCAUGUCCGCCCUCUCCCAGCAACUCACAGCCGUCGACCCACCCCCUAGCGUCCCUGCGGAGACACCUAACGAGCUGCAGAUUGUGGACGAGAACGGGGAAACAGUUAACUGGCAGGACGAUCCAAAUGAGCCUAGAUACUGCCUUUGUAACCAGGUUUCCUAUGGCGAGAUGGUCGGCUGUGAUAAUGAUGAUUGUCCUAUAGAAUGGUUCCAUUACCCUUGUGUUGGUCUCACUCAAGCACCGAAGGGUAAAUGGUACUGUCCACAGUGUACAGCCGCAUUGAAACGACGUGGACGGAGAUAGCAUAGCAACUACAUGAUCUAUAGUGGACAGAAAUGUGGAAAUUGGACUUGCUUUCCAGCCCAGCGACUUUCUUAAGUCUCGAAAGCUUCGAAAGGAUUAUUUCGUUAAAUUGUGAUGAUGUGAUGAUAUAUAAAUCAAAAACAAAUUGAACUGUCAGUUUCACCACAGUACACAUGUAAUGAUUUAAAGGAUGUUGCCAUUAUAAACCUUCAUUAUAAGGUUGGACAAUUUCUUAUACCCAGUGGUUUGAUUGUUUGUUCAAUAUUUAGGAGUCAAUAUUAUAAUCAACAAAAUCAGCUGAUGUGAAUUGGCAUAGAUCAAAGCGAAUAAAUAUAU